AGCCUGAAUAUGGACUGCACUGCUUGCGUUGCGAGAGUUGAGCAUUAAUGACAUGGUCCUUCUUUCGCUGGAAUGGUGCCAGGUUUCUCGGUAUCGCAAUUUGGCUUGUCGAAGUGGGCGGGGUGAUUUGUGGCCAGAAUUUGGCAGGUGGGUUACGAGUCAUAACCCAAAUUGCGGUCGCUAGAGCUAUGUUCAGCACUCACCAUCUCGCAGAGAUAUUCGGCUCGGAAAGUUUGCAGCAAAUGGGCAGGGCUCCUAGAUGGGAGGCGGUGUAGGUGCUUGGAGGCUGUGAGGUUUUUUUGGUCACCAGGGCAUUCUGCAAGCUGUUCACGAUUCAUGGAUGCGAUGGGGUUUUAAUAGUUUAGCGUCUCAUACCGAUUGGGUUGAAGUUAAGAAUCAAGAAAGUUUGCGAAUAACUAGUGAGUUCCUAAAAUGAACACUGAAUCAUGUGAUGAAGAUCCAGGAAUUGGGAGGGAAUCAGGUUAGAGGGUGUAGUUUGAGGCCGCUCCUAAAUCGUCUCGAGAAUGCAGCGGGUCUGGCUUGCGAGUAUCGUCGUCGAGUCGAUUUCUGCUCACGGACUACAGGAGAUUAGAGAGUGGUGUGGAUCUGGUAUCUGGUUGAUAAUUUGAGUUCUAGGGAAGUCAGGAGAGGUGGGGGAUGCCAUUCCCUGGGGGUGACGGCGGCCACGGCAUGAACCCGAUGACUGACUUUAAGCCUGUGAAUGCCCAAGGGAAGAAGCAGCGCAUGAAACGAGAGGACCACGCACAUGUGAAGCAUGACAGUAGUUUCUCUGACUGGAAGGUUCUCGUCGGUCCCUCUGACUGGAAGGAUCAUGCCUGCGGCAAGGCUCAGGACCGAUUUCGAGUGAAGAACCUCCCGACCAGCUACUCUGGUUCUGGGUUGUACGAGCUGGGAGUUACGCCACCCGCAUGGCUGCCUCCGCAGCGCAACAACUACCCGGGCAUCCUCAAACCUCAAGACGUGGUGGUGGUGUACCUUGGGUGCGCUGAAAGCGUUAAUUACCAUUUGCAGCGGUACGGACAGACCGGCGCUCACCUUGAGGGUGUCAGGUCGACAAGAUUAUUCUCUGCGAAGAAUGAGACGGCAAGCAAGCCAGGGUUACCGCAGCUUGAGAAGACGAGGAGUUUUGCCUCGGAGUGCAGGAACUUGAGCAUCGACCUAGCUCCGGGUGCUGAUGGCGAUGUAAGCACAGGGAGCAAUGGAAGUAUUGAUAAUACUGAUGACCUUCAAGCAACGUCGGAGAAGAAGAGAGCCAAUACUUCUGAUCACAUUGGGAAUCGAUCACCAGUGCGAGGUCCCUGCCUUUUUUCGGAGGUUUUCGCCUUGGGUUGCUCCAUAGCAUUUCGGUGGGCUGCGACAGACAGCAAAGCCGCAGCCGACAAGGCGGAGUUUGAGCUAACCGAAGUCUUCGACUACGCUUGGAAACGCGGAGGAAACUUCCGCCAACGCUCCGCAGACAUUCUCGCCAAGAUCGUUAAAGGAGGCGCUCUUGGAUCCAACGACCUCCCCUACGGCUGCUUCGGCUAUAACUCGCGCUGCAUCUGCUUCUUCUUCAAGCGCAGCAGAGUUGGCGUCAAGAUUGCUGCUCGAAAACUACCAGACGACAACCAUCGCUUCGUCAGAUCCAGACGCUCAAACCCCAGCGGAGGCAGCGAUUUCUUCUCUUUCAGGUAUAGUCCCCCGCUGCUCCCAGGAAAGACAGCAAAAAGCGCCGCGUUCACCAAGCUCGACAUUCCAAUCGAUCGUUGCGGCAUUCUACUAGAAUCCGGCCUUCCCUGUAGUGCUCUUCCUGUCAAGGGUGGCAAACGAUGCCGCAUUCACAAGAAAAUAUCCCACAAAAAACCAGCUAGAGUAGCCCACACAAGCAGCCCUACCUACGACAGCAACGGGGCUCUACCACGUGACACAAACGUCUCCAAAAACAGCGGCAAAACUCCCACGAAACCACCUCCCGAGCAUUCAACAUCAUGUUUCCCCUACCGCCCACAAGUUCAACCAGUACCAGGCGCCCCCGCGGAGCCAAAGCGGCGAGGCAGCUUGUCAUUCAACUCGUGGCUGCGCACUUCGGAGCUUCGCAUGGCAAAGAGUCGAGAAUGGGCGGAGCUGAAGACUCCCUUGAGUCCCAGACCCGAAGGCACGAGACGAAGCUCCACGUCUUACAGUAGCAUUCUAGCGACAUGCGAAGAGUCCAUGUAUGAGUCCCCGUGCAGAUCGCCUUCUCGGCGCGAGAUAUGUGGACUGAAGCUACUCGAUGGCACUGUGUGCCCGGAUCCUCCCCGGCCUGAUCGAAAACGGUGCGAGGCGCACAAAGGUUUGCGGAACCAGAUGCUGCCGCAGUCGCCAGUUUAUAGCAGCACGGCCUCUUUACGGCAAGGAUUUGUUUAGUCCUUAUGGUGGCCCUCCAAAAGGGAAAACACAUCUCUGUAUCAUAAUUCACCGAGGUCCAACUUUUAACAGUAGCAGAUUUCUGAUGUACACGAUUGUAUUUAUGAAAGUUUUACUCUUAGAUAGUAUCAUUAACACGUUUGCGAAGUCUGAUCAAUCGAUGACUGCAAACAUAUCUACACCAGCUGUGCGUUCGGUAUUUUUGUUUUAGUAAAGGUGAUUCGAUCCAAGUAUCUAGAAUUAAUUCGAUGUAGGGAUUCUCGUGGUACCAUUGUGUUCUUAAUGCGGACUUGACUGCAGUGGUGGGCGAUUAUCCAGUUGUUAUGCCUUCUCCACAAAUGUCUUUUCUUCUGCUUACUAGUCCUUUAAAGCAUGAUGCGUUCGGGCGCAUGGAAACAGCUACAGUCAA